AUGAGGGGGAAAGAUUUAGUAAAUCAUCAGGGACCGUCUUCAUCUUCGGUGGGAGACGGAUCACGGUCCCUGAUCAUAGACGACGAGGAUAAAAAUCACCAGCACCGACAAUCAACGGCGGCACCUUUAAGCCGGUAUGAGUCGCAGAAACGACGAGACUGGAACACGUUUUGUCAAUACUUGAAGAAUCAAAGGCCUCCAAUAAAUAUCAUGUCCCACUGCAACCCAAAUCACGUGUUAGAUUUCCUAAGGUACCUUGACCAGUUUGGUAAAACUAAGGUACAUAUCCAAGGUUGUGUUUUUUUCGGGCAGCCUGAGCCCCCUGGCCCAUGCACCUGCCCCCUUAGACAAGCUUGGGGCAGCCUUGAUGCACUUAUUGGACGCCUGAGAGCCGCCUAUGAAGAAAAUGGAGGCCAACCCGAGACUAACCCCUUCGCGAGUGGUGUGAUAAGGAUUUAUUUGAGGGAGGUCAGGAAUUCUCAAGCUAAGGCUAGAGGUGUUCCUUAUAAGAAAAAGAAGAAGAAGAGAAACCAAUUAAAAGCUGCCGCCGCCGCCGCCGUUCUUGUUGCUAGUGGUAGUACUACCACUACUAGUGAUGGAAGUUCAAGGUUUCCCAUGCAGUCCCCUUCUUCAUCAUAA